UCCCCCCUGCGCUCCUCUUCGGCUCGGGUUACAGUUGAGCUCGAGCUGCUGCACUUACCGGAGCGCGGAGAGUGUUUUUACUCGGUUCAAAAACUCCACCGGCGUGGAAAUGUCGGCGAGCGGAUCUAGAGGCACCCCUCGGGCUGAAGACCAGGUCUAACCUCCCCUCGGCACUUUUUGCGUGUCAAACAAGCGUGAGACGUAGAGUUUAUUUACGCACCGGCCACGCAUCAUGUCCCACUCGGACUAGAGGCUUUACCCUGCUGGAGCGCAACACGCACGCGGAACGGCGCUGAGAGCCGGGAGGAAUAUUUACAAUAGAAACCCAAAUCCUCCGUGGAGAAGAAUAGCAGGGGGAGGAGGAGUGAAAGAUAACACUGGAAUGAAGUGGACCUCGGGAUUCCCAGCGUGCUGCGGAGUUGUGACUGACGGAUGAAUGUGGUCAUCUGUGGGCUAUAUCCAGCGACAGGUACCGAGACCAUCAGGGGAGCCCUGACAAAGACGCGGCGCAGCGCUUCAUCAGCAGCCGUAUCGCCAAAUUGUCCCCCCCCCCCCCACAAAAAAAAAACCUGUGGUUAGAUCUGUGUCAGAUCGCAUCGUGGACUUGUCUCUGACAGAGUAAGAAGGUCGUGAAGGGCUGUUUUUGUCUCAGCCACAGGUCAACCGGGACGGGGUUUGCUCCCAGAUCCUAUCACAGAACCGGGAGCUUCCUGCUCGUCCUGCGGACACUUCAGUCAAGGACACAGGGGUCUGGGCCGAUUUUUAAAAGGUCGGGCAGAAGGACAUGUAUCUGAUAUCGAACUCUCAUGCUCCCGACUGAUCGCUGCUCACCUUCCCACCGGGCGAACCACAGAUAGAGGCUCCCGACGCGCUGUCCGACGCUCCGAGUUACCGGCUCACUGUCCGUGCAUCGAUCAGAAUGGCGGGACUCGGUUGUUGGAAGUAUUACCUCUGGAUCUUUAUUUUAAUGUGCAGGUCGGCGUUACCUUCUGCCAAAUCGCUGGAGACUAUAAUAUGGAGCUCGCAGAAUCCCAAGUUUGUGGCUGGAAAAGGCCUGGUGAUCUACCCAGAUAUCGGGGACAAGCUGGACAUCAUCUGUCCCAAAGCGGACCAAGGCAGAGAUUACGAGUUCUACAAGCUGUACCUGGUGAAGAGGGAGCAGGCGGAGAGCUGCAGUACAGUCCUCGAUCCCAAUGUCCUGGUCAACUGUAACAAGCCAGAGAAGGACAUCAAGUUCACCAUCAAAUUUCAGGAGUUCAGCCCCAACUACAUGGGCCUGGAGUUCAAGAGGAACGUCAACUACUACAUCACCUCAACGUCCAACGGUACAGUCGAGGGCCUGGAGAACCGGGAGGGAGGCGUGUGCAAGAGCCGAGCCAUGAAAGUCAUCAUGAAAGUCGGACAAGUCCCCAACGCGGUGAACCCCGUGGCGCCGGAGGCUCCAGAAGACAACGCCAUACCAGAGUCCAGUCCUAGUCCGCCUGAUGUGCGUCAGAGUAGACCCGAUAUGCCGGGAAACCCUGACACCAUGAAUCAGGGCCCCGCCGGUCCCCCGGGAAACUCGGACGGCAUCCUUGGCUCCAAAGCUGCCAUUUUCUCCGCCAUCGGGGUCGGCUGCAUCAUCUUCCUCCUGCUCAUCCUCCUCCUCGUCAUUCUGCUCAUCAAGAUGCGCAAGCGCUCCAGGAAAAACGCCCACUCGCAGCCCCGCCCCUCGGCGCUGUCCCUCAGCACGCUGUCCAAUCCCAAGCUGCCCGGCGGCACGUCUGGCACGGAGCCCAGUGACAUCAUCAUUCCACUGCGGACAGAGAACAACUACUGCCCUCACUAUGAGAAGGUGAGCGGCGACUAUGGCCACCCCGUCUACAUUGUCCAGGAGAUGCCCCCCCAGAGCCCCGCCAACAUCUACUACAAAGUCUGACACGCUCCGCACAGCCAGCGACAGCCGGGAGAGAGAACGAGAGGAGCGCUUGAUUAAUGUUCUUGGGAAGAACACUUUCCUUUUGCAUUUUGGGGACUUGAUGCGUCUUCAAGCCUGUGUUAUUUUUACCACCUGCUGCACAAAUCUGGAGAGCCACGCACCGACCAGUAACCAGCGGGGGUGUGAGCUGACUGCUGAGACAUGUUUGUUCUGUUUGUUUGGGUUGUCUCACAAUCCCCACCCACCUGCCCCUUCUAAUCCUCGCCUCACCUCCCCACCUUCUACAUCUCCCCCACUGUUCUCCACGGGGGUGGAGGUGGGCUGGGGGGGGGGACUGGAGCGAACCAGCAGAUGGAACUCUAGCUUCCUGGUUCACUGUCCCCUUUAACAGGCAGGGUAUAACUUAUCUCAGUUCCCUGAAGUACAGUCUGUGCUACACCCAAUUAAACACACCAUCCCAGCACACUAGCCAGGAACAGGCCGACACAGGCCCCGGACGCCACUCAGCCUGCAGUCUGUGUGCAAGCAUAAGACGUGUAUGUGUGUGUGUGUUUGCGUGUGUGUUAGUCAGGGCUCCGUGCUGGGCCAGGAAACUCUCCAGAUAGCUCAGGUAUCAGACACAGUGUGUGAAAUGAUGUGUUCCUCUCCCUUCGCACCUCUGAUGUUUGCCUUACUUACUAUUUUUAAUGGAGGAAUUCCUCAAACCCUGAUUCAGUUCACAAAGCAGUUGUAUUUUGUUAGACUUUUCCUACAAGUGCACAAUGUAUAGAGUUGAAUAGAUUGUCAUUAUCACUCCGUCUUCUCACCACCCAUAUCAUCCAUUACAUUCAUUGUCUUCCUGGGAAAGAGAACCUUGACCUGGACUGUUGAUGUCAUGGUGCGUAUGUGUGUGUUUCCCGGAAAACUCCCUUCUGAUCCGAUAUGAGCUUAACCAUUACUCUGGUAUUUAUGACCUGCUUGUGUGUAUUUGAGGGUGUGUACUGACUGGGAGUGUGUGUGUGUGUGUUUUGGCAUGUCCAGACCAGUCCUGUAUCUGGGCAGACUUAACUGGCUUAAGGGUUAAACACUAAGUUACUGUAUGGUAAGGUUCAAAAACAAGACAGACUGACGCGCCGACAAGCCCAAGAUCUUACAAAACCACUCCAGCGCUCCAGUUGGCACUGAAUGAAGUUUUUUCUUUCUCUGAUGAGCUUUAAGGGAGAUGGUUUUUAACACAGCGGGCAGGUUGUAAUUGUUUAUUCUGGAUUUCGGUGCUACGGAGGCAUCUAACAGCUAGUUUUGGUGCCUCCUGCAUGGGCGAGGUGGGCGUAGGUUGUGUGGUAUGGCACUGAUUGGCUGGCCUACAUAGGUAGGAUGCCCUAUAUAUAAGUUGGACGGCGAGCUACGGCUGAACAUUGGGAUACAGUAUUGUUAGAUGCCAAUUGGCUGCCAUCUGCGGAUGAGUCAGUGGAGUGCGGCAUCGCCAGCGUGUGACUAAUCUAUGUGCCAUCUCUGUGCCCACACUCACCAGCCGGGGAGGAGAGACAGAGAUAGCGGCGGAUAAAGAAGAAAAUGUUCCUGUGACUUGGCUUUAACCUGAAAGUAAGAUGGCGGUGCGGACGGGGAUGGUGGUUGAGGUGGGGGGAGCAGGGUGGAGGUAGUUUAGCAUUCAUUUUUCCAUCCUUUCACCAGUUGUGCUGUGAAUGAAAAUGCUGUGCAGAAUAUUCCUCAGUCAAGGUGUUCAGCCAACGAGGACACUGCAGCUCAGCUAUCACACAGCCCUGGGCAGCAGCACCGAGACAGGAUUUACUGCAGCUGGAUGUGUGCACGUAUGCACUCCGAGCUCGCUUUUAGGUGAAGGGGAUGGGUGCUGUUCGAAUCUGUCUCUGUGCACAUUUAAGUGCUUUUAUGUGUGAGUGCUUAUUUGUGCUUAUAUUUGCAGUUUUUCUCGGUGUGUUUGAAUGCUUCUGUGAUCGAGCAGCUGAACACAGACUUGUUUUGGGACUGGAAAUAGGUGCUCCAAACAGUGUGGCUGCCAAAGUACGGAGCGCCGCAGUCCCAGUUAAUGAUGUGUGAGAGGAGUGGGGAGCAGAUAAGGACAGCUAUUCCUCAGACGCGAGCUGACGUUUGACGCACAUGUGCACACAUACGCACAGACACACAGAGACUGACGGGUCCAGGUUUAUCUCCAGUCAAACGGUCGGACUCCCUGUGAAUGUUUAUUUACCGGCAGAGACACCUGUCAUCCGCUGCCACAUACUGUUGCCAUCCACGGAUAUACACUGCUGAGUUAAAAGGCAGCCCGGCUUGAAGACUCUGGGAAGACUCCAGUGGCUUUUGCGUGUCGUUAACCUCAGAGUUAACAACCUAAACAGCUGCUCGUGCUUUUGUGGUCCUGUGUUUUAACUCAGCAUGCAGCCCUCUGUGGCCCUCUGUGAAACACAUUUAGAUCAAAUAUUUUUGUUUCGGAUCGGUGCGCAUCCAUUCACCUACACCAGCCAAGGGAGUCAUUACCAAAUUACCACAAACCAUAUCUCAUUUUUAUUCAUUCUAGUGACCACUUAAUGUUAUUCACAUUUUGUGAGGGGGGGGGGAAAGAAAAAAACCUAAAGGAGACAACAGAGAAAUGUAAAUAUAUGGAUAGAGCCCAAUUUAAGAUGUAACUUCACCUGAACACUGCUCAUAAGAAAAAUUUAAGAUUAGAUUUUUGUAAUGGAGGAUGUUUGUAAAUAGCUGUCUUUUUAAAGUGUGUUUUGUAUGACUCCUUGCAUUUUUUGUCUCUGUUUGCAAUAUUUUUUUUUCUUUUCUUUUCUUUUAGAGUUAAACUAAAUAUUGCAACGUACACAUGAGCUGUCUUUUUUUUUACAGCAUCCAGUAUUGUCAAAAAGUCUUUGUUACCACAUGUGUUAAAAAAAACAACAACCCGGGGUUCAGAGUUUUUCCAUCGCCAUUCAACAGGAUUCUAGUUGCUCAGAACUGUUCAGGACCAGAGCUUUGUCACCAAGCAGCUUUGACAUGGAUAUCACUGACACUCAGAAUGAUAAGACCCCUUCCCUGUUGGAGACAGCACUUAACUCUGCAAAUGAAGACUGUGUAAUUUCACUGCUUUUGAGUUACCUACACCUUCCACUCCUUUAUUACACAUAACAAAAACUUUUUUUGGUCCAGAAAGAUUAAUCUUUUCUCAGUUUUAAUAAGUCUAUCGGCCUAGACGAAGAGGGAUGUAGAGCGAGAGGGGGAGAAGAAGGAGAAACGGGGGCACGUAUGAGAGUGUGACCGUUCUGCGCUCGCCAUAAAUCAUCCGGUUUACACCACUCAUUAUUUCCCAGGCGGUCCUUUGUUUUAAGGUUGCUCUCUCCCUCCUUUUUAGCACAAGGAUAUUGGUCGCUCAUGGUAUGAGCCACACUAUAGGUUGAUUUCUGCUAUUGUUCAAGUCACAGUAUUAUUUUUCAAUGUGCAUGUGUAAGCAAAACCUGUUGAAUUUGUUUCCCUUUGUUUGAGUCAUAACUGUCAAGUUUUGUUAUUUUUAUUUUUUUUGCCAUUCACUUCUUUCGCCGCUUCUCAGCGUAACCUAUUGGCACCAGCUACAAUGGAAAUAACGUUCCACCAGUUUGGAAACUACGGCAUAUUGAUAAAUAAAAUUUUUCCCAUGGA